AUGCUGGAAAAAAUUUCCAGCGACUCUUAUAUCCCUGGUCUACAGUUGACAGUGUUGAGUCUGAGAAUCAUUCAAACAUCAAUCGACCCCGUUGCUGGCCCGUUGGCGUGUCUCCCGUGGCGCUAUCGAUCCAACAACGGCCAUCGAAUACCCAGUCCACUGCCGACUUUCAUUCCCAACAGACGCGGCCUUUCCACUUUGAUUAUACGCCACGAAGAAAUUACUCUCUAUUUAGCAAUUCGGCUGGGAAGCAGACGGACAAUGCACAAGAGGAUCAGACGGCCACCAGUGACGGUGUUGUCGUCCACCCGGACAGAGUCGACCUGCAUCUUUCAUCGACGCUAUCGGCUCAACGUCAGACGGAAACUCUUGCGGACCAUCGUGCUGGGCAGUGACGACAAUCCUACUCACCUGAGAGACAACGAAAUGGCUGCCCGUCUAGAAGAGGCCCUGCUGGACCCGCUCCCGCGUCCGCACACCGACGUGGCAAGGAUCUGGUUGCGCUACUCUUUCCACGUUGCCGAUUACUUCCAGUCGGAUCGCCUGGCCGCCAUCCAGCCGUCGCUGCUGGAACGUGUCAGCGAAGGCGGCCGGCUGCUGAUCCUGCCCCGAUGCCGGACCCUGUGGGAGGAUUGCCUCGAGUCCGACAUCCGCAAAAGUUACAACCGCUACGUCAAAACGGCGGCGCUGGAUUUCAUUUUGAGCGACGGCAGUUCACUCAGUUGGACCUGCAAACGGGAUCAGCCGAUCCUGAUGGCCAGGAGCUGUCCACGUCAAACCGAUCGCCACAAGCCCAUGCUGACCGUCCAGCGCUCCCUCGGCCGGAAGCUUUGCAUCCAUCACUUUUACGGCCGGAAAUUCGUCGCCCUGUGGUACAAAUUCAUCAGACCGAUGCAGUGGCAAAAGUGCAGUCGACUGCGUAAGGAUCACUGGGAAAUUGGCGAAUUGAAAAUCAGCUGGGAAAAGGAAUUGGCGACGGCCGAACAACUUUUGGUCGACGGUUGGCAGACGAUUGUCAAGAGCGUCGUCAAAUACGCGCUGAGGAAGAAAUUGGCUCUUCCGUCCGACGGCAACGUCCAGCUGAUUUGCCGGACGCUGGACACUCUCAUCGGCUUAUUACUUCAAGAAUGGCGCCAGGAGAACAUGACCAACUUCGGGUUGUGGCUAAACAAUCGCCAAGAUGUCAAAAAUCAAUUGGUGUUUGUGAUUCACGUGUCGAUGAACGACGGCCAACUCAAAUUCGAUCCGCCCGUCCAGGAAAUCAGUUUAGCCUGGGGACAAUUUUGCGACCUCCUCUCAGUGGCCGCUUACCGGUCACUCCAGUCUAGUCGCCUGGUCUUUGAAACGAUUAGGAAACAAAUGAAUCAGAGCGAUCCUGCCCAGCAAUCAGAACCCAUUCAUUCAAUUAAAGUGAAAACUCCGGCGGAAUUUCUGGAUCACAUCCGCCGGGUCAUUGCGGACGCAUUCGCCGACGACAACGUCAUGUUGACUACAGCCCUGGAAAAAUUCCUGGUCUUUUCUUCCUUCUUAAAAGAAGAUUCGGAGGAGCUGGAAAAUUUGGAUCAAGAAGGUGUUGAUUUCGACCUGCUCCAGGAAAGAGUCCAGCACUACCGCCAGGUGCUCAAGCGGAUCGAAACGGACCUGCCCUGCACUCUGCCCGUCGGCCGGCGCUACCUGGUCCAGAUGGGCGGACUCAGGUCGUCCCUCAAGAACAAAAUCGCCUCCAUCAUCGAUCGACUGUUGGUCCGGUUCAGCAAGAAUUUCACCUUAUCGGCCACCAGUAUCUGCCAAGAUUACGCGGAAUACGCCGACAUGGCCCUGACUGUUCCGCAAACGACGGCCCAGUGGAUCCACCAGCGGGACCAGGUGUGGACUUUAGUGGAUUCGACCCUGCCGGAAGCGGAUGAGAAAAUCCUCAAGAUCCUGCGCUGUUACCUGUUCAUGUGCGACGAGAUGAAGGUCAGCGAGAGCCACUCGGCCCUGGCCCGUGAGGUCAUCAUGUGGAAGAGGCGGAUGAACGCCUCCGAGGUCGAGCACGGCCGUCUGCUCAAGCGCAAACGGACCGAACUGGAAGAGGCUCUCAAGAGUAAGCGCGGGAAAGUGGCCCAGAACGUGACAGUCUACACCAGCAUCAUGGACAGCUUCCAGAAGAUGGGCGAACUGGAAUCACUGGGCCAGUACGUCGUCCAGGCCCGGUCGCUUCUCUUCCGCCUAGAAGAGGCCAUCACCAACGUCAAAGGAAUCAACGAGGAGGAAGUCUAUUUCGAAUGGGAAGUCACCGAGUACCCCACUCUUGCCAAGGUCCGGGAGCGUUUGAGUCCGUUUUUGAAUUUCUUCGAGAUGUCGUCGUCGUUUCUGACGCAGCAACAAAAUUGGCUGGACAGCCGGCUGGGCUCCUUCAAUCCGGACACGAUCGUCAAGGAAACGGAGAAUUUUGCCCAGAGCCUGUCGACGGUGGAGGAGCAGCUGCCGGACGUGUCGGACGUCCGCCAUCUGUUGAGCCAAGUGGAGACCAAGUUGAGGGACUUUAAUAAGGUCCUGCCGCUCAUCCGCACGCUGGGCAAUCCGGCGCUGAGGGAGCGCCACUGGGAGCAGAUCUGGGACACGGUCGGCGUCCGGCUCAGCUCCGAGGCGGCCACUUCGCUCCAGCAGCUGCUGGCCCUGCAGCUCAACGAGCAUCUCAAGAAGAUCGAAGUCAUCAGCAAUUCGGCAACGCAGGAAAUGGCCCUGGAAAAUUCUUUACUCCGCAUGAAGAACUUGUGGGUCCAGGUCGUCCUUCCGGUGGAAAAUUAUCGAGUGGGAGAGGGUAAAGUGCUGGGCAAAGUGGACAGCAUCCAGCUGUUGGUCGAGGAUCACAUGAUGGAGACUCAGAUCAUGCGGCGAUCGCCUUACGUCAAACCCUUUGAAAAAGACGCCAAGGAGUGGGAGCAGCAAUUGAACGAUUUGCAAGUGUUGCUGGAACAGUGCGUCUUCAUCCAGGAGCGCUGGUGCAGUCUGGAACCGUUGCUGACGUCACCCGACGUCCUCAGCAUCGCCCCGGAAGAGGCCCGUAAAUUCAGCGCCAUCGACAAGAAUUGGAGGGAUGUGCUCGGACUGAUUAGCCAAUGCAAACAAGUUUUUUCGCUUCUCUACGCCGAGCGGAUGAACGAGCGUCUCAUCGUCUGCAUCCAGCAGAUCCAGCUAUUGGAGAAGAACUUGCAGAAUUUGAUGGAGAACAAACGUUUGCAAUACCCGCGCUUCUUCCUGCUGGCCGAGGAUGAGCUGAAGCGGCUGCUGUCCUUGUCGCGUGACCCGCACCGGUUCGCCACUUGCCUCUGGCGACUCUACGAAGGCGUCCACAAUUUGGAAUUCACGGCCGAAAAUGACGUCACUCACGUCGUUUCCGCCACCGGCGAGCGGCUACCCCUCAAGGAGCCCGUCAGCUACGCCAAAUGCAAAGGCCAGCUGGACAAAUUUCUCAAUCAUCUUGAGUCCGUCCUCAAACAAACUCUCAAUCAGGUGAUUACGGAUACCCUGAAGGAUUUCGACGGAACCGAUUUGAAUGUUUUGCUAUCUGCUCCGUCGCAAAUCGCCAUCUUGUCCGUCCAGGUUUAUUGCACGGGCACCAUCGACACGGCCUUUGAAUCGGGCCGGCUGCUGCAGGACGACGUGGCCGGCAAACUGGACUCGUUCCUCAGCGGAGUGCAGAAGAAAUUGGCGGCUUCUUCGGACACUGUUCACCGGUUGACGGCCGAGUCCGUCACCCUGAUGGCCCUCUACUACCGGGACCUGCUCCGCGAUUUGACGUCGACCGAAGACCAGGCGGCGGCCGUUCUGGCCUGGGAGGCCUCGCUGAAAUUCCGCUGGACCGACAACCGCGUCCAGAUUCACGUCCUGGACAUGGCCCUGGAGUACGGCAUGGAGUACAUCGGCCUGCCGCCCAGGAUGGUGGCCUACGCCGACGCCAAACGGACGGCCAUGAUCGUCACCAACGCCCUCAGUCACCACCUGGCCGGCAUUUUGAUUGGCGAGCCGCGCAACGAGCUCCUGGAAAGUCUUUCCCACUGUCUCGGCCAGCGUCUGGUCCGUUUCGACUGCUCCGAGCGGGUCGGGCCGGCCGACAUCCUGCGCCAGAUCCGCGGGGCCACCACCUGCGGCAUUUGGCUCUGCUAUCACCGCCUGGACGUCCUGGGCAAGUCCACCAUUUCCUUCAUGACCUCGCUCCUGGUCCAGCUGCAGAACAUGGCCUCCACCACACCUCCCUGGCUGGAAUUAACCGAGGCCGGCCUGCCUCAGUACGGAAUAUUUUGCCUGACGGAAUCGUCCAGCUACCAUCAACAAUAUUUCGACGCCAAUCUCAAACGGACCACCAAUCUUUCACUGCCCGAAGUGGACGCCCUGGCCCAGAUUCUCUUUCCAGGACCCUGGGCGGCCGUUGUUGGCUUCCUGGACCACUGCCGGAAGCCGGAAGAUAAAGACGAACAGCAAUCGUCGGCCAUUGGCAUUCUCAAACAGAUUUUCGCCACUUCCAGGAGGUCCAGUUUGAGCGCCGCCCUGGACUCGUGGCAAUCGGCCAGGCUGCCGGCCGAUCAGGCGGCCGAUCGGACCAGGAAAUUGACUCAAAUGAUCCCGGGCGACAAGUUGGUGACCACCGAGUGGACUCAAGACCCAGUGGUGCUGGCCUGCCCGUCUGCCUGUCAGAAAUUGAAACUGCACGUCAGCGAUCAGAUCAAAUGGAAAUUGUGUCACCUCUCGCAAGCGUUCCAGCACGCCCGUCUGCCCAUCUUGCUCUACGGCCUCCGGCUGAGUGGCAAAAGUUCUUUGCUGCAGAUCCUGGUCGAGUGCCAGCGGCUGGCCAAGCCUCAAAGGCCCAUUGUCCAGGAGAGGAUCUGCAUCGGAGCCUACGCCGAGGAAGAUCUCAUGAGCAACAUGUCCACUUCCAUCAUCCCCCAGCUGGUCCAGCGCAGCGGUGGGCCGGACAAAGGCGAACUGAUGAUUGUCCUUAACGGGCCCUGGAUCACGGCCGUCCAGGACGUCCUCCUGGAAGCUUUGUCGACCGAGGGACGAGGCAUUCUCAUUCUGCCCAGCACGGAGCAGAUGACCCUGCCGGACCACGUCCAUUGGGUCUUUGAGAUGAACAGCAUCGAGCACGUUUCGCCCGGCCAUGUGGCCCAGUGUCGAUUGAUUCCGCUGGACGGGCAGAACCAUUUGACUUGGAAAUGUGUCGUCCAGUCCUGGAUGGCCACUCUGCCGCCCGUCCUCCUCUUCCUGGACCCACUUUUGAAUUUGAUUUUGCCGUCCGUCCUGGAAUACGUCGACUCGUCGGUCGAUCAUCGGGUCCGGACGGCCAGCGGCUUCCACCCCAUCAAGGCCGUCAAGCAUCUCCUGUCGCUCAUCCGCUGCUUGACGGACCCCAGCACCGAGGCCCUGGCCAAGAAACAGGCCGUUUUGGACCCGGAAAUGAGGGCCCAGCUCCAGGGGACCGUCCUCUUUUCCAUGUUGUGGACGCUGGCCGUUCCGGCCUACAUGGACAGCAAGUCGGCCUUCCACGAGUUUUUCGUCCAGCAAAUGGAUUUGGCCGUCCAGAACGGCCAUCUCUUCCCGUCGGCCAAGCCGCCGGCCGAAGGGUCCGUCUUUGAUUUUAAAUUGAUGGUCCAGUGGGGCCACGAGAUGGGCAAAUACAACGGGCCGUUGUGGCAGCCGUGGGGCGAAGAGUUGCGCUCCUUGCCGUCGCUGUCCAGGGAAAUUCCCGUCAACGAACUGUUCAUCGCCACGGCCGAUUCACUCCGCUCCCAUCACCUGAUGUCGCUCUUCAUCCAGUGCGGAAUUCCUUGCGUCAUCGUCGGCCCACGCUCCUCCGGCAAGACGGCCACCGCCCGUCACUACCUGCGCACUAGGCUCAACCGGGCGACGCAUCAAGUGAUUAUCGUCAACACUUCGAAAUCGAUGGACGCCAAAACGGCUCAGAAAAUUCUGAUGGGCCAAAUGGAGCGCCGCCGCAAGUCCGUUUACGGUCCAACGAUGGGCAAGAAGGCCGUCAUUUUCUUCGAUGAUGUGCAGACGGAAACUUUGAAUUCCAGGGUGGCUAACCGGGUCGAUAUGCUUCUCAAGCAGUGCAUUCAACACGGGCAGGUAUUUGACGGCCUGGAAGGCGGUCCGUCGAAUCUGAUUGACAUCAACUUUGUGGCGACAUCUCGCGUCUGGGCCGACCAACUAUCCGACGCUUCCGUAGCGGAAGAAGAACCGGAAGACGGAAGUGACGUACACCAACGGCUACCGGAUGAGGUGCUGCAAACAUUCGCUGCCAUCGUGUCCGAGCCGCCCACCCUGGACACAGCCUCGACCAUCCUCUACCGGAUGCUCAUGUGGCACCUGGACGCCCGCGGGUUCGCCAAAGAAUUCGACGCCGUCAUCGACCAGAUGAUCAGCGCCUCUAUGGGCAUUUAUCGGCACCUGACGGGCUGCCCGGUCAUGGCCGCCUAUCCGGCCCGUUCCGGCUGCCGCUGGAACCUGCGCGACCUGAUGCGCUUCACCCACGGUCUGCUGCUCUCCGUUCCGGAAUCGAUCGAAGACGUCGGUGCCAUGAAGCGCCUCUGGCUGCACGAGGCCUGUCGGGUCUACUCGGACCGGCUGACGCUCCUGGAACCCGUGGCCCUGGUCACCCGCUACGUGGAGCAAUCGUGCGAAACGUAUUUCCAGGCCACCGUGUCCGACCUGUUCGCCCAGAUGGACAUGGUGGAACUGGCCGACCUGGCCGACAUGAACAUCUACACGAUUUUCUUCUGCGACUUCUCCGAUCCCAAAUCCGAGUCCAGGAGCUACGUCGAAGUCAUGGACAUGGAGCACUUGACCAGGGUCGUCAACGGUUACGUCACCGAGUACAACAACAUGAACAAGCGGCCCAUGCACUACGUCAACGUCUUCCGCCACCUGAUGCGCACCAUGGCCAAAGCGUCCAGGGUCCUCAAACAGCCCAGUGGCCAUUUGAUCCUGGUCGGAGCCAAGGGCGUCGGUCGGCACACCCUGGCCAGACUGGCCGGCCACGCUUCCGACUCGACCGUCCACCAGUACGAGUCCAGCUGCGCCAGUGGUGAGAACGGGCCGACCAAAGGAGGUGCCUGGAACCUUGGCGACUGGACGGACGCCCUGAAAGCGGCCCUCAUCGACUCGGCCGACGACGACAAGAAAUGCGUUUUCAUCUGCUCGGACGUCGAGUUCCAGCGGCCGGAAUGUCGCUCCUUGGUCAACCACAUCGUCUCCCACGGCGACCUCAUGUACCUGUUCGACGCCAAGGAGCGCAACGAACUGGUGGAACAAAUGAGGGCCAUCGACCUCCAGAAGGAGAAAACUCUUCAGACGGACGGGAGUCCAGCAGCGCUGAAAUCCAUGUUUGAAACGCGGAUGUGGGAGCAGAUCAGGAUCGUGAUUAUUUUGUCGUGCGAGCAGUACACGGAAAUGGUCAUGGAUGAAUGUCCGCAAGUGGCUUCCGCCUGUCAAACCGUUUGGAUCUACCCAUGGCCGUCGGAUGCUGUUGCCGAUGUGGCGUCCGGAUGCUUCAAAGAUAUCGAGCUGGACGCCGAGCAGAAAUCCUGGCUGAUGGUCGUCAUCAAAUUGAUCCACGAGUCGACGGAAGGCGGACACCACCGGCCGUGUCCCAGCGAUCCGCAAUGCCAGCGCUACGGGCUCCUGAUGGAUUUUCUCCACGUGGCCGUCCGCUUGACCAGGAAUUUCAAACAGGAAUUCAAAUGCCGACAGGAGCUGUGCUGCCAGGCCGUCGAGAAACUGGAACUGGCCGCCCGGCGGGUCGCCGAUAUGGAGGCCGUCGCCCAGCAGUGGAAAGACGCCCUGGCCGGCCUCAAAUCCUCCACGGAUGAAUCCUCGCCGUCGGAUGGAAAUGGAGAGAAAGUAGUGCGGACGGAACGGGACGUCGAGCAGAUUUCGUGUCAAAUCGACCGGGCCAGAGAUUUGCUGGCCAGUUUGGACGUUUACCAGCGAGUGUGGCAGAAGCAGGUGGUCAGUCUGGAGGAUCGCAUCCGCUGUUGCCAGGCCGAUUGCAGUUUGACGGCCGCCGCUUUGGUCUACGGGGCUGAACUGAAAGAAUCCCAACGGAUCGACAUGUUCCGCAGCUGGAUCGAGCAAUGCCGGGCCCUGAGUCCGUCGGAUCAGGCCGGCAGCAUCAUCACCAUUCCGGCCGAUCCUGACGAUUACUUGACGCUGCUGGAAUCGGAAGUCCGGGAAGUGGAAGCGGCCUGGAUCAUGGCCAACCUGUCGCGAGACGACCACUGCAUCCGCAGCGGAGUUGCCAUGCGUCACAUCCAGCGGGUGCCGCUCCUGAUCGAUCCUCACAACAUUGCCGAGCGCUGGAUCGACGCCCUCAACGCUACUAAAGAGAACCGGCCCACUUACCUGCACAUGUCGGCGCCGGAUUACCUGGAACCGCUAUCCGGCGCCCUUCAGCUGGGCACGGUGGUGGUGAUCGACAUCACCCAGACGGAACUCGAUCCGGCCAUCAUCCCGCUCAUUUUGAAGCAGACCUUCAGUCAAGGAUCGACUAAUUACAUCAAACUGGGCUCGGACGUUGUCGAGUACGCGGCCGAGUUCCAGCUGUACCUGCGGACGCAGACGUCGCUGGAAGACGUCGACCUGCAGCUGCGACUGUGCGUGACGGUGGUCGACUUGACGCUGGAGCAGCCGGGCAUCAACGACACGCUGGUGUCGGCCCUGGUCAACAGCGAGCGGCCCGACACGGAGGAGAAGAUCCAGCUGUGCAAGCAAAUGUCGGAGAUCCGCUGCCAGCUGGACGAGACGGAGCAGAGUCUGCUCAACAUUUUGUCGCAGAGUGAGCACGACUGGAUCGAGAACGACGCCGUCAUCACCUCACUCCUGCCGGCCAUCACCCAGUCGAAAUUGCUCAAGGAGAAGCUGGACGUCGUCCUGCAGACCCGCGAGCGGAUGGAAACCCAGCGACAGAGCUUCGCACCCACCGCCGUCCUGGCCGUCCAGAUUUUGUCGGCCCUCUGGCGGAUGGAGGAUCUCUUCCGGCGACUCCGCUUCCCCCUGGCCUGCUUCUCCGACGCUGUCGUCGCCUGCCUGGAGGACGGCGAAGGCGACCAGGCCGAUGAUUUCGAUUCCAACACCAGCACCGGACGCAAAUUGGCCGCUCGUCUCUUCACCCGCAAAUUGAAAUCCGGGCUGGAUCGAGUCCAGCGGCUUUUGGCUUCGCUGCUUCUGGCCUUUUGCGUGGCCAGGAGCGAGAAACUCUGCCGGUCGACGUUCGUCAACCAUCUGGCGACUGGGCGGCUGGAUCAGACCAAUACGGCGCAUCACAGGGAUGACGCCAUGGACGAUUCGCUCGUCACUCCCGAUCCGGAAUGGGACGAAUGGGUGGCUGAGGUCCUGCUGGAGGAGAACCGUUGGCGCUUUGCUGCCGGAGUGGAGACGAUGGCCCAGAAAUUCUUGAAAAUCGGCCAGAAAGUCGAAUUCAACGAUUACGUCACGUCGAUCGCCGACGUUAGCAGUGUCACGCCCUUGUUGAUGUUUGUCGAGCCGGGUGUCGAUCUCCUGGCCAUCAUCUCCAGACUCUGCCGGGAAUUCGAUUUCCCCGAAGACCGGGUCCGUUUCGCCGCCGUGGCCGGACUGGACAGUUUGAACUGGGUCGAAGUGGAGGAUUGCGUCCGUCGAGGCAACUGGCUGGUGCUUCAGGGAUUCGCUCAUCUUCGAUCCAUGAUUAACAACGUCCGGGUGCUCCUGGAACACCUGGCCGCCGAUAAUAUUUCGGCGGAAUUCAAACUGUUCAUUUUGUGGGAGGCUUUCGAUGAGGAAGACGAAAGCGAUGGAGUCGGAUCGGUGGCAAGUCGACGACGGGCUCGGCUACCGCGACUUCUCAUGGAAAAUUGCCGGACAGUUUACAUCGAGCACGUCCACACCUUCGAGGACUGCUUUCAGGAAUUCAUCCGAUCGGCGGAAUUCGACCGGCUGAUGAAUGAUCCGCUGAGAGCGUGUGCCAGCUACCCGUUGAAAGUGAAAACUGCCGCUCUCUUACUGAUCCUGCGCUUGAUCGUCUGGGAUCGUUGGGGCUGUCUGAUACCGCUGGUUGAACUGUGGCAGACGGCCAAACAGAUCGCCACUCUGACAUCCGUCAAGAAUCACGACUGGGCCGCCACUUUCCACCGCGUGACCAUCGGCAACCUGGAGGAAUACGUCCCUUCCGCAUGCCGUCAAGAAUUUGUCUGCCGCUUCCUGCCGGACUUGGUGAGCGGCUCCCGGACCGGCUACAAAAAGGCGUUCGACCAGUUGAUGGACACCUGGUCCUCCAAUCUGACCCUGCCGUCGGCCGAUUUCCAGUUCAUUUACGACUGUCUGGGUGAUCCAGUCAACGAGACUCGACGGCAGACGCUCCUGUCGCAGCGUCUCUGGAGCCAAUUGGUCCGUGGAUUUGGCGGUCAAUCGUUGCCCAUGGAAUCCAUCGACGUCACAAUGACCGAAGACGACGAAGAAGAAGCGCUAAUGGACGCCAAAGAUCACUGACCGUCCGUCCCCAGUCCACUUUAAAAGUCAUUUCCAAAAAUAUAAAUUAUACAUCAAGAAACAAUGUUUUCGCCAAUUCUUUUUUUGAUAAAAUCUAUACACAAUUGGACGUUACUCAGCGUCUUUUGCCAAGUUUUCCCGCAGACUAUGCCAUUAUUAGAUAGCACUCAACAACCUGUGCUGUGU